AUGAGGAAGGCUGCGGAGAAGGCGGUUUUGGAGGGAGCGAUGAGGAAGGCUGCGGAGAAGGAGAGUUACAGCAGCAAUGAAGUGUCUAAGCAGAGGUUCAGGAAGCUCCAACUGCUUCAUGAACAACUCCGCAUCCUCCAAUGUAAAGAUCCAGAUGUUCCACCUCUGAAGCGCAGCAGCAGCUAUGAAUUGUUGCCACCUUCCAUGUCUGAGCUGAGGGUUGUUCUGCUGGGGAACAGCUGGUCUGAGAGGAGUUCAGUGGGGAACUUCAUACUGGGAGAGACUGAGUUCAACACUGAGGAAGAACCAGAUCACUGUCUGAGAGUCAGAGGACGGAUGAAAGAGAAAGAAAUAGUUCUGAUCAACACUCCAGAUCUGCUGCUCCCCAACAUCUCUGAAGACAAACUAAGAGAACAUGUAGAAAACUGUGAGAGCCUCUCUGAUCCUGGACCUCAUGUGUUCCUGCUGGUUCUACAGCCUGAAGACUUCACUGAGGAACUCAAAGUGAAGCUCUGCAGAGUCCUGAAACUCCUCAGUGAUCAAUCGUUUGAUCAUUCUCUGGUUCUGAUAUCAACACCCAGAGAGGAGCAGUCUGGUUUCAUGGAAAGAUAUAGGCAACACCCACCCUUAAAAGAGAUUAUCAGGAAAUCUGGGACUCCACCAUGCUCAGGUGUGGUUCAUCAGCUGAUCAACAACCUGAAAGACAAAUCAGACAGCAAACAGGACACGCCCCCUAGUGGAAAGGAGCGGUCAUCACAAUAG